ACCAUUUUAUAGACCAAAGUUUGGCAAAUGUAUGCACUAACCAGUUUACAAAAAGGAAACGAUUACAAGCAAACCAUCCUAAUGAUAUAAAAAUGAACAUCGGUUUUUGUUGCAUUUUCUACGCUUCGGUUUGUCUCUGGCUGGUCGCACAAGGAAAGGUCCUUAAACACAAGGAGGCUUUAACAGAAAUUAGUAAAAACAAAUGGAAGCAGCAAUACCGUCACGCAAACGGACAUAAACGAGACAAAAUCGAAAAGCUUAACAGUGAGGAGUCAAUGACUGAGGUGUAUGAUGACGAUGAUGGUGAAACUACCAAUGAAAAAGCCAAAGAUUACAACAUUAUUCAUGAGAAACCAUUGUCCUCCCACGAAACGACUACUCAGGAUAAAGCGAAAAAUCUUCCCAAGAGUGAUCACAGCGAAAAGUUAUCAAAUCAUUAUAAAUAUAAUGGAAUUAGACUUGGAAACAUGAAAAAGGAUUUCUACGUAGAUACGGCUCUAAGAAAUGAUGCAAAGUCGACUGAAAGAGRGAAAUCUACCCUAAGUAUAGUGUUGCCCGUCAAAGAAAAUUUCAUAAAAAUUUCUAAAGAUGAUCUCGAAUCAAAGAAGUCGCUUUUUAGCAACGACAUAAGUCAACUGGAUGUUAACGAAGGAAAAAUGCGUACUACUCGACCCAAAGCAGAGGACAGUAAACCAAAUCCUCGCAAUCCCGGUAUUAAAAAAGCUCCAAUUGCGAAUCGUGUUGAUAAAAUAAGCAAAAUGAAAUCUUCUGAACKCCAUGCGACUAACACUCUUAAAAUCAAUUCGUUGAAUGGUUUUAACACAGUUAUUGAAAAGCCCAUUACUAGUCAAAAAUCAUCGAAAAGUUUAAAAGCUCUUAAUCAGUCAAUUGGACAUAACUCUAGCGAAGUAGCUCUUACAUCAGAUAAUGCAGGGAGCGYGAAUAAACUUGGUGAAGUGUCUGGAUCUGUGCAAAUUCCUUUGAAAUACAWYAGYGGAGAAAGCAUUCAAAAUGACAAAAAUAUUCAUAAUAACAUAAUCCCAUCAAAACAAGCACAAAAGAUAAAUGAUAAGAAAUUGCAGAAAAUCCCAACGGAUGGGCUUUUAAUGGACAAUGAACAAAAUAAGAACUUUACUGCCGGAAAAGUUACCUAUGUAAAUGAGGUGUUUCUUGAUGAUAAAAUUAAUGAAACUACUAGUAAAAAAGGCAAAGAUUUGGACAGCAUUCUUGACAAAAUUUUUUCAACGAAAUGGUUUCUUAACUUGACUGAUGAAUAUGACAAAUUACCAAACAUUACUAGUCUAGCAACAACGGUGAGUCCACAAGAACAUUAUUCAUUGAAGCCUGGAAACAUUACAAAGGUAAUUACUGUUGCUAGUAAUGCCCAAAAUGAUGUCAAGUCCUUAGAAGAUGAAAGAAAACCAGAAGACAAUUCAACCAAAAUACUUUCUUCUACCUUAUUUUUACCCGUCAAAGAAAUUGUUAAACCUUCCAAAGAUAAUCAUAAAAUGACGAAGAAACAUUUUAGCAACCAAAUNUAUACGAAUAACAAUGAAGUUUCUAUAAUGUCUAUGAAAAUUAGUAAAAACAAAUGGAAGCAGCAAUACCGUCACGCAAACGGACAUAAACGAGACAAAAUCGAAAAGCUUAACAGUGAGGAGUCAAUGACUGAGGUGUAUGAUGACGAUGAUGGUGAAACUACCAAUGAAAAAGCCAAAGAUUACAACAUUAUUCAUGAGAAACCAUUGUCCUCCCACGAAACGACUACUCAGGAUAAAGCGAAAAAUCUUCCCAAGAGUGAUCACAGCGAAAAGUUAUCAAAUCAUUAUAAAUAUAAUGGAAUUAGACUUGGAAACAUGAAAAAGGAUUUCUACGUAGAUACGGCUCUAAGAAAUGAUGCAAAGUCGACUGAAAGAGRGAAAUCUACCCUAAGUAUAGUGUUGCCCGUCAAAGAAAAUUUCAUAAAAAUUUCUAAAGAUGAUCUCGAAUCAAAGAAGUCGCUUUUUAGCAACGACAUAAGUCAACUGGAUGUUAACGAAGGAAAAAUGCGUACUACUCGACCCAAAGCAGAGGACAGUAAACCAAAUCCUCGCAAUCCCGGUAUUAAAAAAGCUCCAAUUGCGAAUCGUGUUGAUAAAAUAAGCAAAAUGAAAUCUUCUGAACKCCAUGCGACUAACACUCUUAAAAUCAAUUCGUUGAAUGGUUUUAACACAGUUAUUGAAAAGCCCAUUACUAGUCAAAAAUCAUCGAAAAGUUUAAAAGCUCUUAAUCAGUCAAUUGGACAUAACUCUAGCGAAGUAGCUCUUACAUCAGAUAAUGCAGGGAGCGYGAAUAAACUUGGUGAAGUGUCUGGAUCUGUGCAAAUUCCUUUGAAAUACAWYAGYGGAGAAAGCAUUCAAAAUGACAAAAAUAUUCAUAAUAACAUAAUCCCAUCAAAACAAGCACAAAAGAUAAAUGAUAAGAAAUUGCAGAAAAUCCCAACGGAUGGGCUUUUAAUGGACAAUGAACAAAAUAAGAACUUUACUGCCGGAAAAGUUACCUAUGUAAAUGAGGUGUUUCUUGAUGAUAAAAUUAAUGAAACUACUAGUMAAAAAGGCAAAGAUUUGGACAGCAUUCUUGACAAAAUUUUUUCAACGAAAUGGUUUCWUAACUUGACUGAUGAAUAUGACAAAUUACCAAACAUUACUAGUCUAGCAACAACGGUGAGUCCACAAGAACAUUAUUCAUUGAAGCCUGGAAACAUUACAAAGGUAAUUACUGUUGCUAGUAAUGCCCAAAAUGAUGUCAAGUCCUUAGAAGAUGAAAGAAAACCAGAAGACAAUUCAACCAAAAUACUUUCUUCUACCUUAUUUUUACCCGUCAAAGAAAUUGUUAAACCUUCCAAAGAUAAUCAUAAAAUGACGAAGAAACAUUUUAGCAACCAAAUAAGUCAACAUAGAGAAAUUGAUGUUGAAGACGAUGCACAAAACUAUGCUGAAAUAAGGACCGCCAAUGUAGACCAACCAUCMUCAAAGUCCACUACUGAGAARACAGARACGYGGUACAGUGGCAAGCUCGUGCAAUUGCCUAAARCAAAAAGAAUUAAUAAUGAGACAGUCGGAAAGCAAAAUAAAGAUAGCUUUUCCAAUUCAUCAGAGAUGUCAAAUUGGAGCCUUUGGUCGACUUGCUCUGCCACAUGUGGGACAAAUGCUCUGCGAAUUCGCACGCGCAAGUGUAAUAGUGAGAAUACAGGAAUCACUUGCGAUGGAAAAAUGGUUGAUUGGAAGCCGUGUAUAAAAGCAAUGGUCUGCCCAAAAGCAAAUCGUUCAUCAACACUUCAAAUUGUAACAACUGCAGCAAACGAAAUGCUGCAUAAUGUUGCCACAGCUAACGAGGAUCAAGAGUCCAGCCUACAGUGGGGAAAAUGGUCUCCUUGUCCGAAUGAAUGCGGCGCGAAGGAUAUAAAAAUACGGCGAAGAAUAUGCCCUGGUCAGCGGUCAAGCGAAACGGGAAUAUGCAACAAAUCCACAAUGCAAUGGGCUUGGUGCAAGCCUGAUUCACAUACCUGUUUGAAGUCUACCAAGUAUGGAGUAAGAAAACAGGCAGACAAGAUAACCAACGAAAAUACAAAUCAUUCUCAGUUCCAGGACGCGAAGGAACCCCAAAACUCAUCUCAUUUAACAAUACAUUCAGAUCAAGGUAUUCAGAAGUUCAGAACAAGGUCGUGCUCAUGUCAGGAAAACAUUGUAUGCGAAGAACCAGUUAUCAACUGGAGGCAUUGCACAUUGCCUGCUUGUCCAGGUGAGGAAAACUACGGUCCGUGGUCUAAAUUUUCCCCCUGUUCUAAGACAUGUGGUGGAGGAUGGAGAAAGAGAGUACGUCAUUGUAUCAGUGAGAAGAAGCACAAAAAAGAAUGCGACAACGAUCUUUUGAUUGGUGUUCGAGUGUGUAACACAAAGAAAUGUUUGGUCAAAACAAAUGGUUAUGUCACAAUCGACCUAAUGCCUCAUAAAGACCCAGAAAUCUCCUGUGGCUUUGUUCCUUGUGAAGAAUUUGGCUGCCUUGACAACGCCUAUAGCAAGUGCCAGGCUGAUAAAAAUUGCGAUCCCGUAUUUUUUGAUUUGAGUGGGAAAAUCAUGCAUCGUUGCACAGAUUAUGRACGAUAUUUCAUUAAGAAGCCUUCAACAUUCUGCGGUUACGAUCCUUGCAGUGGUUCACCCUGUCGAACUUCCUUUGGUAACUGUUUUGUGGAUCUCAAGUGUAGAGCGAUCUCAAUGGGUUAUGGUGGCUCGUUGAUUGACUGUCAACGCUUUAUGGGCCUUCCAUACAAACAAAUGUUUUAUAGUAAUUCAGGCAAUCAGGCAAUACAAACCGGAAUCUACGGAAAACGGUCUAGUCUCAAAAACUAAAUGCAAACCACGUUUGUGAUGCGUCGUACACUGAAACUCCAUUAAUUGGAAGAAUGUCAAGAAAAGAAUGCUUAUUCCGAUAUCCUGUCGAUUAAAAUGUAUCAAGUCAAAAAUCAGUAAACUUCAGGGGGUACUAUCAGUGCAUAUAGUAGCCCAAACACGCUUUUCACCCACUUCAGACACGUUUGUUGUUGAAUAAUAAAAACAAUAGAAUUGUUUAAAUUUCGGGCUUUUUUGCUGUGAUAGUUACUCUUGGAAACUGCGUUCUCGGUGAGGACUAUUUUUUUCGGAACAUCCAGUUUUGGCCGGGAACUAUCACAGCAUAAUCCUGAAAUCCACGAUUUUCUCAUUCUAUUGUUUAAAUAGUGUAUUUUAAUUAGAUUGUUUAGGUAGAGUACAAAGUUUUCUGAAAUAGCUGUAAACAAUGUGUCAAAAAAUAUAUACCGAUUAAAACGACGAGAUGUCAGACAUCAAUACAACAUUUCAAUAAAACUGCAAAUUAAAUUAAAACUCCAAAUYAGAUGCUAUCAGUAAUUCAUUACAAAAGCAUGCAUGAAUGCGAUAUCUAUAAAUGACUUUUUUGUAAACAGUCRAUUAAUGCAUCAGUCAAAA